AUGGUUAUGGUAUCCGACGUUGAUCUACUAAAAAAAUAUUUUAUCCGCAACGGAGAUGUCUUUUCUGGUCGUUGGCAGAAUUUUAUAACCCACAUGUUUAUGGACGGACACAACGGAAUUAUUCAAAUACAGGGGGAUAAAUGGAGAGAACAGAGACGUUUUUCCCUUCACGUUCUUAGAGAUUUUGGUUUUGGGAGGACGGCGAUGGAAGAAAAAAUUAAGUUUGAAGUUCGUGCAUUAAUAACCCAUUUAAAUACAAAAUUCGAUUCUUCUAAGAAUAUAACAAGUGAAGCUUUUGAUGUUUCAAAACCUGUAGCUGUCUGUAUUGCUAAUAUUAUUAACAGUAUUCUGUUUAGCAGGACAUAUGCUCAUGUGUGGUAA